AAAGAAUCUGCAUAUCUGCAAAUGAUAACCCCGCUCUUGUGGUCUAUAUAGUAUCGUACUAUAGCAGUGGUAGAGCCGAGAGCGAGAUGAAUAGAUCUUAGAGCUUUGAGCUUUCGAGGUUGGCAUAGGUCAUAGGGUCUAAACAUCUGGGUAAAUGGAGAGAGAAGGAUACUCCUGUUUGUUUGUGGGAUGUUGCUUUGUGCUUAUAGAGCUAGAGAGAGAGAGAAAGAGAGAGACGCAGAGGUAGAGAGAGAAGGAGAGAGACCCACCAAAUUCUGGUGUAGGAAUCCUCCUCCCCGGCAUCACCUUUAUCCCCAUGGAGCCGAAUAUUAACGAUUAUCAGGACUAUGACAUUAUCAGAUGGUUCGAAGAGGUCGCAGAGAAUGCCAGCUUCAUUCAGACCCAAACGCUUCGACGAAUCAUCGAACUGAAUUUCAAUACCGAAUACCUUAAGAAAUGGCUGGGCGACAUCAAGGUCCAAGAUAUUGACUCAAAUGCCCUGGAAGCCCUGUACACCUCUUCAGUUCCUCUUGUUUCCCACGCGGAUUUAGAGCCUUACAUCCAGAGAAUUGCAGAUGGGGAUUCAUCUCCAAUCCUCACUCAAGAACCCAUCACCCUUCUCUCCUUAAGUUCGGGAACCACAGAAGGAAGACAAAAGUACGUGCCCUUCACUCGACAUAGCGCGCAGACUACUCUUCAGAUUUUCAGGUUGGCAGCCGUUUACAGAUCGAGGGUUUAUCCAACCACGGCAGGAGGGAGGAUCCUAGAAUUCAUUUACAGUAGCAAGCAGUUUAAAACAAAGGGAGGUCUAACAGCAGGAACAGCCACAACCCACUAUUACGCAAGUGAAGAGUUCAAGAUAAAACAGAAGAAAACAAAGACAUUUACUUGCAGCCCAAAAGAAGUAAUUUCAGGCGGAGACUACAAACAAUCUACUUACUGUCAUCUCCUCCUGGGCCUUGUUUUCUGUGAUGAAGUGGAGUUCAUCACCUCCACAUUUGCCUACAGCAUCGUGCAGGCAUUUACAGCCUUUGAAGAGAUAUGGAAGGACAUAUGUAAGGACAUCAAAGAAGGCACUCUGAGUUCAAGAAUCACCAUACCAAGCAUGAGAAAAGCUGUGACUGAGCUUCUCUCUCCCAACCCAUCUCUAGCUUCAAGGAUUGAAAAGAAAUGCAGGGAGCUAGAAGCGUUGGACUGGUUCUCUGUGAUUCCUAAGCUUUGGCCCAAUGCUAAAUAUGUUUACUCGAUAAUGACAGGGUCAAUGCAACCUUAUCUGAGAAAACUAAGGCACUACGCAGGGAAUUUGCCUAUAGUGAGUGCUGAUUAUGGGUCCACAGAGAGUUGGAUUGGGGUAAAUGUCGAUCCUUCUGCCCCUCCGGAGGAUGUUACUUUUGCAGUCAUACCCACCUUUUCUUAUUUCGAGUUCAUACCCCUUCAUAGGCAGAACCAAGAUAGCUCUUCAGCCAUUGAUGACUUCAUAGAAGCUGAGCCACUACCACUCUCCCAACUUAAGGUCGGACAAGAAUAUGAGGUUGUCCUCACCACUUUCACAGGUCUUUACAGAUACAGAUUAGGAGAUGUGGUGGAGGUGGCAGGUUUUUACAAAGGAACUCCGAAAUUGAACUUUAUAUGCAGAAGAAAGCUAAUUCUGACAGUAAACAUAGACAAAAACACAGAGAAGGACCUUCAAGUGGUGGUGGAGAGGAGUUCCCAGCUGCUGGGGAAGACGAGAGCUGAGCUAGUGGACUUCACAAGUCAUGCCGAUAUCGCCAAACAACCAGGGCACUACAUAAUAUACUGGGAGAUCAAGGGUGAAGUGGACGAAGGUGUUCUGGGUGAGUGUUGCCGGGAGAUGGAUGCAUCCUUUGUCGAUCAUGGAUACGUUGUCUCCCGGAGGACCAAUUCCAUUGGGCCCCUGGAGCUCUGCAUUGUCGAGAGGGGUACAUUUAAGAAGAUUUUGGAUCAUUUUGUGGGGAAUGGAGCUGCUUUGAGCCAGUUUAAGACUCCUAGGUGCACUAGUAACCAGGUCCUGUUGAGAAUUCUCAAUGUUUGCACCAUUAAAAGGUUCCUCAGCACAGCUUAUGGAUAAGACUUAGAGACUGACAGCAACCAAUAUGCGGUACUGGAGUCUGUUAGGUUUAAUUAUUUUUGUGAAUAAAUUAAAGAGUGUGUUUUUGGUA